AUGUACGAUUCCGAAGAAGACGGAGACCGACGUAAUCGAGACAAAUUCUCUCGUGAACGAGAUGGUAAACGUGACGAUGACAGGUAUGGGACGAAAAGGUCGAGUUCAUCUAGACGGGACGACAUUAAGAGGGCACGUCAUGACAGUGAAUCAGACAACGGAGAAGCAAAGAAUGAUGACUACUCGGGACCGAUGCUCACUUUCAAGAAAUUUUUAAUGACACAGGACGACGACAUAUCAGAUUCUGCUGCUUUAGCUUCUUAUAAUGAAUACAAACAAGAAUACAAGAAGAGAGAACUUCAACGUUUCUUCGACGCACAUAAAACAGAGGAAUGGUUCCGCCACAAAUAUCAUCCUGAGGAAUCAGCCGCCGUGAGAGCCGCUCGCAUGACUGAAAUUAGAAAAAGACUAGAGAUUUUUAAUGAUCUGAAAGCCAAAGGAUGCUUUGAUGAUGUCACCCUGGACCUGCAACAUGCUCGAGAAGUAAUCAGACUUAUGGACACAUUGGUAGUGAAACUAGAAGGUGGCUCGGAAGAGGACGUUGAAGCAUUGAAGAAUGAGAAAAUUGAAGACGACUCUUUGUUUGAUCUUGGUGAGAAGAAAUCUGACGAAGACAAUGGUGAUGACAAGGAUGAGGCGCGAGGAUCAGAGAGCGAAGCUAAUGAGGAUGGUCAGCAGAAGCGUAGGAAGACACUGUUACACAAGACUAGUUCCGUUUUCAUGAGGAAUGUUCCGGCAACGGUGAAAAUCGCUGACCUUGAAGCUAUCUGCAGUCGCAGUCCAGGUUUUCUUCGAAUCGCUUUAAGUGAGCCACAUGCUGAUCGAAAUUUCUUGCGACGUGCUUGGGCCACCUAUAAGCGAGAUGUGAACAUAAAGGAGAUCUGCUGGACCUUGAAUCAGACGAAGCUCAACGACUCGACAGACCUCAGUGUAAUAUUGAAUCGUGAUCUGACAAGACGUAUUCGAGGCAUUAGUGGUGUUUCUUGCCAUCAGGAUGUGGCACGAAACGAUAUUAAGCAAGCAGCCAAGCUCGUCGCACUCAUGGAUAAGAAAGUCGGGUUAUUUUGUGAGGACGAACCGAAGGAGGAGCGGGAUAAGGACAUAUUGACGGGUGUUGACCUUGUUGCAACGUCGAAAAAUCCACUUCUUAGACAGGUGCGACCAGUGCUGAGGGAAUGCGACGAACCAAGUCCUGAGGAAGAGGAAAUGCUUGGCAUUUCUCGAGGUGCAACAUCCACAGUAGCCACCUCUACCGACGAAAAGGUCCCAUUCGUGCGUGACGAGCCAUUGCUUCAUGCGCUUGAUCUGCUGAUUCUGUGUGGCAUGCUACAUGUUCGAGGUGUUCUUCCAACGCAAUUUGGGACAUCAGAGGACGGCACGAAACUUGUUUCGACAAAGUUCAACUCAGAGUUUAUCAAUGGCUUCAAUCAACGUCUAGAUUCAAGUCUGAUGCAGGUAUCGUAUGUCACCGCAGAUGAAAUGGAGAAAAUGGGGAAAAAAGAUGGAGACAAAGAAGUCGAAGCGUUCAUUCAAGCGAACACUGUUGAACUUUCCCAGGAUAAAUGGCUCUGUCCGUUAUCUGGAAAGAAAUUCAAAGGUCCAGAUUUCAUUCGUAAACACCUCACUAGUAAACAUGAAGAGAAGCUUAAAGAAGUCCGGGAGGAGGCGACCUUUUACAAUAAUUAUUUGGCAGACCCAGUCAGACCACAGAACGUCGAGGUGAAACCAGCAGCUCCUCCACCUAGGGACGAUGAUCGUAGAGAUGACAGAUAUACAAGAGAUCGCGGCGAUCGCGCUGACCGCGGGUCCGAUCGCGGUUAUGCAAGUAACGCAGACAGAAGCCGACGUGGUUACGCGGGUUUUGGUAGUGGUGGUCCGCCUCGAGAUCGCGGUCCACGCUUCACGCCAGAAUCGGCAAGGCCGCUCACCUCAUACAGAGACCUCGAUGCGUUCCCCAUUGACUAA